UCCUCCAGUCUCGCCUGCGGCGGAUCAGACGGUGGGCAUGUUGGAAUCGCACACCUCAUGUGGACACACUCCAGGCUCCGGCUGCUGUCCGUUGGGGUUCACGAAGCCCCCAUGCCCCGAGCCCCGCUUAGCGACAGCCUCUGUCGCCUCUCGGCCUACCUGGAAGAGCUGGAGGCCGUGGAGCUGAAGAAGUUCAAGCUGUACCUGGGCGCGUUGCCGGAGGCUGAGGGGGGCAGGAUCCCCUGGGGGAAGCUGGAGCCAGCGGGGCCCCUGGACACUGCACAGCUGCUGGUGGCUCACUGCGGGCCGGGCGCGGCCUGGCCACUGGCGCUGGGCCUCUUCCAGCGCAUCCACCGGCGGGACCUGUGGGAGAGAGGACAGAGAGAGGACCCGGUGAGGGAUACUCCACCUGAUGGCUCAUCCUCACUGGAGAGCCAGUCAGUAUGUUGUCUGGAAGUCUUUCCUGGAACUCCAAGGAAAGAUCCCCGGGAAACCUACAAGGACUACGUCCGCAGGAAGUUUCGGCUGAUGCAAGACCGAAAUGCGCGCCUGGGGGAAUGCGUCAACCUCAGCCGCAGGUACACCCGCCUCCUCCUGGUGCAGGAGCACUCAACUCCCAUGUGGGCCCAGCAGAAGCUUUUGGACACAGGCUGGGGACAGGCAAGAGCCGUGGGGCACCAGGCCAGCCUCAUCCAGAUGGAGACCCUCUUUGAGCCGGACGAGGAGCGCCCCGAGCCCCCGCGCACUGUGGUCCUGCAGGGAGCGGCCGGGAUGGGCAAGUCCAUGCUGGCCCACAAGGUGAUGCUCGACUGGGCCGACGGGAAGCUCUUCCAAGGCAGGUUUGAUUAUCUCUUCUACAUCAACUGCAGGGAGAUGAACCAGAGCACCUCGGAGCAGAGCGCCCGGGACCUCAUCUCCAGCUGCUGGCCGGAGCCCAGCGUGCCCCUCCAGGAGCUUGUCCGAGUCCCCGAGCGCCUCCUGUUCAUCAUCGAUGGCUUCGACGAGCUAAAACCCUCUUUCCACCACCCUCAGGGCCCCUGGUGCCUCUGCUGGGAGGAGAAACGGCCCACGGAGCUUCUCCUCGGCAGCCUGCUUGGGAAGAAGCUGCUGCCUGAGCUGUCCAUGAUCAUCACCACCAGGCCCACGGCUCUGGACAAGCUCCAGCGCUUGCUGGAGCAUCCCAGGCACGUGGAGAUCCUGGGCUUCUCGGAGGCUGAGAGGCGGGAGUACUGCUACAAGUAUUUCCGCAACGCAGAGCAGGCCGCUCAAGUCUUCAGCUUCAUGAGGGACAACGAGCCCCUGUUCACUCUGUGCUUUGUCCCCAUGGUGUGCUGGGUCGUGUGCACCUGCCUCAAGCAGCAGCUGGAGGACGGGGGGCUCCUACGACAGACGUCCAGCACCACCACGGCCGUGUACCUGCUCUACCUCCUGAGUCUGAUGCAGCCCAAGCCGGGGAGCCCCACCCUGCACCCCCCGGCCAACCAGAGGGCGCUGUGCUCUCUGGCGGCGGACGGCGUCUGGAACCAGAAGAUCCUCUUUGAGGAGCAGGACCUCCGGAAGCAUGGCCUGGAUGGGGCAGAUGUCUCCUCCUUCCUCAACAUGAACAUCUUCCAGAAGGACAUCAACUGUGAAAAGUUCUACAGCUUCAUCCACCUCAGCUUCCAGGAAUUCUUUGCCGCCAUGUACUACAUCCUGGGCGCCGGGGAGCCCGGGUCCGGCCCAGAGCAGAGCGUGACGAGGCUGUUGGCGGAGUACGGGUUUUCGGGAAGGAGCUUCUUGGGGCUCACCGUGCGCUUCCUGUUUGGCCUCCUGAACGAGGAGACAAGGAGCUACCUGGAGAAGAGUCUCUGCUGGGAGGUCUCGCCCCGCGUCAAGCUGGAGCUGCUGGCCUGGAUCCAAAGCAAAGCUCGGAGCGAGGGCUCCACCCUCCAGCAGGGCUCCCUGGAGCUCUUCAGCUGCCUGUACGAGAUCCAGGAGGAGGAGUUUAUCCAACAAGCCCUGAGCCACUUUCGAGUGCUUGUCGUCGGCAACAUCACCACCAAGAUGGAGCACGUGAUUGCCUCCCUGUGCGUGAAAAACUGCAGGAACGCCCUGACCGUGCGCCUGCACGGGGCUGCCUACAGCCCGGAAGAGCACGAUGGCGGGAAAUGGACUUCCGGGCCCCAGGCGCUACCCGCACCGUCACCCGAGACGAACGUGUUGCCGGAUGCCUACAGCAAGCAGCUCGCUGCGGCUCUGAGCACGAAUCCACAUCUGCGGGAGCUGCUCUUGGACCGCAACGCCCUGGGCAGCCGGGGCGUGAGGCUGCUGUGUGAGGGGCUCAGACACCCCGGCUGCAAACUUCAGAACCUGAGGCUCAAGAGAUGCUGUGUGGCUCCCUCUGCCUGCCGGGACCUCGCGGCCGCCCUGAUGGCCAAUCAGAAUCUAAGAAGGAUGGACCUGAGCGGCAAUGGGCUCGGGCUGCCGGGUGUGAAGAUGCUGUGUCAGGGGCUCCGGCAUCCCAGAUGCAGGCUGCAGGCGAUUCAGUUGAGGAAGUGUGAGCUGGAGGCCGGCGCUUGCCAGGAGAUCGCCUCUGUGCUCAGCACCAAUCAGCAUCUAGUGGAGUUGGACCUGGCGGGGAAUUCGCUGGAGGAUUUGGGUCUGAGGCUGUUAUGCCAAGGCUUGAGGCAUCCGGUGUGUAGACUGCGGAUCCUGUGGUUGAAGAUUUGCGACCUUACUGCUGCUGCCUGUGAGGACCUUACGUCCGUCCUCAGUGUGAACUGCAGCCUGAGGGAGCUGGACCUAAGCCUGAAUGACCUGGGGGACCCCGGGGUGCUGCUGCUGUGUGAGGGCCUCAGGCAUCCCCAGUGUAGACUCCAGACCCUCCGGUUGGGCAUUUGCAGGCUGGGCUCGGCCGCCUGUGAGGGUCUCGGUGCUGUGCUCCAGGUCAACCCCCACCUACGGGAGCUGGAUCUGAGUUUCAAUGACCUGGGCGACAGGGGCAUGUGGCCGCUGUGCGAGGGGCUGGGACACCCCACCUGCAGACUCCAGAAAGUGUGGCUGGAUAGCUGUGGCCUCACACCCAAAGCUUGUGAGCAUCUUGCUUCCGCCCUGGGCGUCAGCCAGACCCUGACGGAGCUUUAUCUGACCAACAACGCCCUGGGGGAUACGGGGGUCAGGCUGCUGUGCAAAGGGCUGAGUCAUCCUGGCUGCAAACUUCGAGUGCUCUGGUUAUUUGGGAUGGACCUGAACAAAAUGACGCACAGAAAGCUGGAUGUGCUUCGGGGAACAAGACCUCACCUGGACAUUGGCUGCUGAAUGGCUCUAGCUCUCCUCUUGAAGGCAGAGCAGAGGAAGAGCAUCCCAGGACCCCGCUGGUCAACGGUGAUGAGCAGGCUCUCCUGUGCACUCCCACACAGGAUGGAUCCUUUCUGCUUGGGGACUGGGUCAAGGCAUCGUGGAGCCUGGGGCUUUAGUUUGGGGGAUGCUACGGUCAUGGACAGGACCUGAGGAUUCUUGAGCAGGGGCUCUAAGCCGAGGGCAAUUUUUGCACCCCUCCCUGGGACACUUGGCAAUGCCAGGAUUCUCCAAUGCUAGCGACAGCCCCCUACAGCCAGGCCUGCGGCCGAAAUGGCACUUGUGGCAAAAUUGAGGACUAGCGGUGCCAUGAGGGUGCUAGACAGUCUCGAAGGGCGGGCCGGGUGCCAGAGAAUACUGGUCAGGCCAGCAGCCCCGCCACCCACUCCCUUGCAGUCCUGCUUUGCACACAGUCCUGCCCGCUGGCUGGAUACCUCACCGGGAUUAGCCCCACUGUCGGCUAGCCUGUGACCUGUCCCAUGCUGCGGUGGACACGGGCAAAACCAGACUUUCCCUGUUGGGGACUGGAGAUAGGGAGACUCAGUCCAAGCCAGUUGAUUGAUCCCAGGGACGCCCAAGGACACCAUGCGUGUGCUGAAAUGAAGCCAUUAGCCUAAGACUGGAAUUUAGUAGGAAGCACUUGGGGCUUAUGGAGUUAACAGUGACCCCGGAGCCCAUGAAAGCCUGGAAAAGGAAGCUAACUCAGACUCGCAGACAUUCCUGUGGACAUCAGGGUCUCAUUAACACUUGACUCUUGAAACCAAGGCCUUUCCUUCCUGAGCGCCCUUGACUUGUCCUCCAGCCCCUUACAACCCCACAAACCAUGCCCCAGACCCUUUGCUGAAGCUGAACAAGGAGAAACCUGGCCCACUCACCACCCAGGCCCUUAGAUGGCCUCCAGGAAGACCUAUGCACGUCUGGGGAGUAGGCAUAUGUUAACAUGCCUUAGAAGAGUAAGGGUGGGAGUGGAUCCUGGUCUGACAAGGUCUAGAAUGCUGGGGCAAGACUGCUCCUUGGCGUGAGCCAAUUUCAGGCACAGCCCUCUAGGAGGCAAGUGUUGGAAAUGGAAGCUGCCCUGACACCCUUAAGAUCUUAGGAGCAACCAAGCUAGUGUUGGUUUGGUAGCAUGAACCCAAUCACUGAAGAACCCGCAAUUAGGCUUUUAUCUCUAAGAUACACCCUUUCCUUGUGAUUCUUUCCCAAUGUGCAACCCACUUUGGCUUUGCCUGUAGCCAAUCUGAAUGGAGGACACAUCACCCAUGUCCCUAUACUAUGGUGGGGAAGUCCAGGACUUUUCAGGGCUCAAUUGGUUUCUAAUGUUCUACAAAACCUGUUUUAAGGUCAAAGAUUUCCUUCACUGAAGGUGUACGCGGGGGGGGGGGGGGGGGGGGGGGGGAGCAGAGAUGAUACAGCCCUUCCCUCCCACAUUGCUGAAAAGCCAAGGGCCCAUUUUUAAACAAAGCCACAAACCCACACAAAAUCAUGGUUAUUUUUAUUGAAGUGUUUCACCAUUUGGAGAUGUUAAGGCUAAAAUAGGACCAGAGUGCCUGGGUGGCUGAGUCGGUUAAGCAUGUGGACUCGGUUCCAGCUCAGGUCCUAAUCCUCACGUUGCCUCGCAUCGGGCUGAGCUGCCAGAGCAGACCACGCUUGGGAUUCUCUGCCCCUCCUCUGCUCGUUCUCAAAGAACCUGAGCUAGGACUCAAUGUAGAAUAAAGGGGGUUAAGGCAUUCAGAGGGAAAA